AUGUAUCGAGAGGAACGUGGAUUACAAACAAAUUCACAUACCAUUCCGAAAGAUAACCACAACAACAGCUCAUUCCGAAGCGCAAUACGGUUCAGAGAAGGCUUUGAUAUGAAAGAUUCAGAUCGAGGGGAAUGGGUUUCAAUAGUUGAAAACCCAAGAAGAAAUCCCUUCAUGGAGAAUGUACAAUUCAAUGAGAAUAUUAACAACUCGGAACGAUCAUUGAGAAAGGAUCAUACAUUCAACGAACCAAUGUAUAAUCAAUUUAAUCAGGAUAGAUAUAGACUCAAUGAUGUACAACGAAGAUUGGUUGCCGAACGAUUUACAACUCAAAUCAUGAACAAACUCUUUCAUUGGUUCGAAAAUACGAAAUUAUUUAAAACGUCAAUGCAAUAUGCCAAUGAAUGGAGAAGUAAAAUGUCCAAGAACCCGUCCUAUGUUAUGAACGAGAGAGCUCUCUCAAAUCCAUAUGAAGCACGAUUUUACAAUUACAGCCACUACAAUCAGGGCAGUGCAAUUUAUUCCAGACAUGAAUCAUUUAUUAGAAAUAUUGUUGAUUCGAUUAUUACAUUCAGAAAAAUGCUUUUUUCUGCCGCUGGAUUGGAGGGUGAAACAAGCGGUAAUGAUGAAGAGUACAACGAUCGAAAGUUAGCUGAAGAUAUUGCUAACAGAAUUGAUAGAUAUACACUUCAAGAACGAAGAGGAAGAAUGUAUAAUCAAUCCAACGUGUCAAAUUAUUGGAAUGCGAAUAACAAUGUACUCCAAUCACAGAAGAAAUUUACCUUCACUGACAGACUAAAACAAGUGUUUGAGGGAUUCUUGAAAAUUUUCAAUGCAAUCAUUAGACUGAUUGUUCGAACUCCACAACGAUGA